AUGGAGUUCUAUGAAGAAGUUCAAGAGGAGGGAAACAUAAGCACAUCGAAAUCAGCAUCGGGAGUUCCAAAAGCUAAUUAUCCUGUGGUCAUCAUUUCACGACCUAAGAAUAAUGAAGCUAGAGCAUGUAUAACGCCAAAGAUCAUCAUUCAAAAACCUGCAACCUUCCCUUACAAGGAUAGCAAGAAAGUCCCGUGGAACUAUGAGUGCAACACAACCAUUCUAGGGAAGGAGACUUCAGCUGCUAUUGCAGAAGAGGAUCAGGGUGUAGGUUCUCAUACGCAUAGUGGAAGGCGCUACGAUUUGUUGCAUAAACAACCAGCUCGCAUAUCUGUACUAGCCUUACUUUUUAGCUUGGAAGUACACCGAAGUGCAUUGAUGAAAGUAUUAAAUGAAACUUACGUGGCCAAUGAUAUUUCAGUCAACAAGCUAUAUCGACUAGUCAACAAUAUAAGUGCCGAUAAUAUCAUCUUUUUGAGUGAUGACGAAAUACCGUCAGGAGGUAGGGGGUCCACCAAAGCUUUGCACAUUACCACGCGAUGUAAAGGGUACACAUUUCUGGGAGUUUUGAUUGAUAAUGGGUCUACAUUGAAUGUAUUACCCCUAUCCACCCUAAAUAGACUACCUGUGGAUAGCUCACAUAUGAAGGCAUGUCAGAAUAUAGUGAGGGCAUUUGAUGGAACUAAAAGGAGGGUUAUGGGAAGGAUUGAGAUACCAUUGAUAAUUGGCCCAACCACUUAUGAGGUGCACUUCCUGGUAAUGGAUAUCAAACCUUCCUACAACUGUUUGUUGGGGAGACCAUGGAUACACUCGACAGGGGCUGUGACGAUAAGUGCUGAAGAAGAUAUCAUCGCGACAAUAACUAAUGAUGCGCCAUAUGUGGAGACCGACGAUAAGGCAUUGGAAUGUUCUUUUCGGUCUUUAGAGUUCGUGAACGCGACAUUUAUUACCAAGGGAGACAGAAUCCCAGUACCAAGAAUAUCCAAUACCAUGAAAAUGGGUCUGCAGUUGAUGGUAGGAAUGGGAGCCUUGCUAGGAAGAGGUUUAGGAAGGCAUCUGCAAGGAAGAAUUGAGGCACCAGUACUAAAGAACAAGUUUGAUCAUUUUGGCUUAGGCUACAAGCCAGAUAUGAGGCAAAAGAAGAAAGAGUUAGAAAAGAGACAAGAAAGAAGAAUGGCACGCUUGAGAGGGGAUGUGGUCAAAUGGGAACCUAUGACCUCUCCUCACAUAUCCAAGACUUUUGUAUCAAGAGGGAUUAUUCAUCCUCAGAAAAGGAUACCGAUAGUAGAAAAUAUCAGGGAAAUAUUAGAAAAUGUUUACAUCAAUUCCAUUCAUGAAGACACAAAUGAAGAAGGGACAUUGUUGGGUAUCCGUCCCUAUGAACCUGGGAGUGUUUUAAAUAAUUGGACUGCAGAAGAGAUACCUGAAGUUUUUAGAGCCUUCUUAGAGUGUCCGGAUAUCAAUGACAUGAGUGACUCUGCUAUAUCAGAAAACCCUUUUGAACGAGACAUGUGUUUAGAGGGAUCUCAGAACUUUGAAGACGACAUAGAUAGUAACUUAUCUCCAGACCUUUUGAGGAUGGUAGAGCAGGAUGAGAAACAGAUCCUACCUCAUAAAGAAGUGGUGGAGAUUGUGACCCCGGAGGAAGGAAAAGUAGUAAAGAUGGGAACACGCAUAACUGAAGAAACGAAGCGAGACCUCAUCGUGUUACUUCAGGAGUUCAAAGACGUCUUCGCAUGGUCAUACCAAGAUAUGCUUGGUCUCAAUACAGACAUUGUAGUAUACCGUCUUCCUAUAAGAGAUGAUUGCAAACCAGUUCAGCAAAAACUCCGGAGAAUGAGGCCUGAUGUUGUGCUAAAAAUAAAGGAGGAGGUUCAAAAACAGUUCGAUGUUGGAUUCCCACAAGUGGUCAAGUAUUCAGAAUGGGUGGCCAACAUCGUACUCGUCCCUAAAAAGGAUGGGAAGGUACGAAUGUGUGUAGACUACAGAGAUUUAAAUAAGGCCAGCCCGAAAUAUAAUUUUCCUUUACCUCACAUCGACACAUUGGUGGACAACAUGGCAAGAUGCUCAUUAUUUUCUUUCAUGGACGGUUUCUUGAGAUAUAACCAAAUUAAGAUGCAUUCUGAAGAUAUGACGAAGACCACAUUCAUAACCUUAUGGGGAACAUUCUGUUAUAGGGUGAUGCCAUUCGGGUUGAAAAAUGCAGGAGCUAUAUACCAUAGAGCCAUGGUGACCCUUUUCCAUGACAUGAUGCAUAAAGAAAUAGAUGUCUAUGUUGACGACAUGAUUGCCAAAUCUCAAACAGAGAAGGAACAUGUGCAAGUCCUGAGAAAGUUAUUUCUAAGGUUAAGAAAGUUCCAGCUCAAACGCAACCCAGUGAAGUGUACCUUUGGGACUAGGUCGGGAAAGCUUCUAGGGUUUGUAGUCAGUGAAAAAGGGAUUGAGAUUGACCUAGACAAAGUCAAAGCAAUACAAGAACUGUCUCCGCCACGUACUCAAAAAGAAAAGGCUGUUAAAAGGAGUGCAAUAGUAGACUUUUUAGCCAGUCGAGCUUUAGAAGACUAUGAACCUCUGGAUUUUGAUUUCCCAAAUGAAGACUUGAUGUGCGUGGCAACUGCUGAACAAGGUUCUCAAAAAAUCAUCCUUGGAGACUAA